AUGACGAGCGUGGCCAUCGACUCCUCCGGCAACCUGGCGACGGCGACGUCCACUUGCGGUCUCGUGAACAAGAUGGCUGGCAGGAUCGACGACACCCCGAUCAUCGGCGCGGGCACCUACGCCAGCCCUCUCUGCGCGGUGUCCGCCACGGGCAAGGGCGAGUCCAUCAUCCGGCACACGGUAGCGCGCGAUGUGGCGGCCCUGAUGGAGCACCGGGGCCUGCCGCUGAAGGAGGCUGCCGCGCGCAUCGUAGCAGGCGUGCCCAGAGGCGACGUCGGCCUGGUGGCCGUGUCGGCCGCCGGGAAGGUUAGCAUGGUGUACAACACGUCAGGAAUGUUUAGGGCGUGCGCCACGGAGGAUGGCUACCUUUGA